GCCGCGCCCCGGGGGCCGCCAUGGAGGAGGCGGCCGUGCCGGUACCGCCGCCGCCGCAGAAGCGGUUUUACCGGCAGCGGGCACACGCCAACCCGCUGGCCGACCACACGCUGCGCUAGUGAGUGCGGCCGGGCCCCGCGAACCCCCUUCCCCGCCCCGCCAGGCCGCAGGACAUGGACUGGGCUCCGCUCUUCCCGGCUUUCUUCCCUCCCGCCGCCCCCCCCGGCCAGCCGCCCCCACGCGUGGAGUUCGCCGACGUGGGCUGCGGUUACGGGGGGCUGCUGGUGGAGCUGUCCCCCCUCUUCCCCCACACGCUGAUGCUGGGGCUGGAGCUGCGGGUGAAGGUGGCCGCCUUCGCCGGGGAACGGAUCCGGGCGCUGCGGGCGGCCCAGCCCGGGCGCUUCGGCAACGUCGCCUGCCUGCGCGCCAACGCCAUGAAACACCUCCCCCACUUCUUCCGCAAGGCUCAGCUCAGCAAGAUGUUCUUUCUCUUCCCCGACCCCCACUUCAAACGGACGAAGCACAAGUGGCGAAUCAUCAGCCCCACGCUGCUGGAUGAGUACGGUUACGUCCUGCGCCCUGGGGGGCUGGUGUACACGGUGACGGACGUGGCGGAGGUCCACGAGUGGAUGGUGAAGCAUUUCGGGGAGCACCCGCUCUUCGAGGAGGUGCCGCUGGCCCAGCUGGACACGGACCCCAUCGUGGCCCGGCUGGGCACCUCCACCGAGGAGGGCCGGAAGGUGCAGCGCGGCGGCCGCCAGAUCUUCCCGGCAGUUUUCCGACGCCUCCAGGAUCCGGCGCUGGAGGGGGAUGCCUGAGGGGACACGAGUGGGACAGGUCUCAGCUGACACCACCACCACCACGGGGGGGGGGUGUGGUGUCCCUCCCUGCCCCCCCCCCCAGCCCCCCAAAUUUGGAAUAAAGCCACCAGCCUGUCCCCAA